CCGCAGCAGAUAUACAAACCACAAGGCUUCCGCGUACUGCUCAACUGCCGUGUUGAAGAAAUCAGAGUAUACCUUCUUGGGAUAGUAUGCUUUGAGCCUUCAUCCAGAGGUAGCUGUUUGACUGGACACAGUGUUGCAGAGCAUCUGGGUGGUGGACGGAGGACCAGUGAUUGGGGCCAGAGGUUCGAUGUGGACCCUGGUCUCUUGAUUUCAGGAAUACACUUAUCUGAGCUGUGAGUCCUGAACUCCUCUGCCCCCCGCUGCCCCCCUCCCUCUCUGAAAUGGCCUCAAAACCUCACCCCCCUCUCAUGAAGAAGCACAGUCAGACCGACCUGGUGAGCCGGCUGAAGACCCGCAAGAUCCUGGGUGUUGGGGGCGAGGAUGACGAUGGUGAGGUGCACCGGUCCAAGAUCAGCCAGAUGUUGGGAAAUGAGAUCAAAUUUGCUGUGCGAGAGCCUGUCGGCCUCAGGGUGUGGAUCCUCAUUUCAGCAGUUGUGUUCACUGUCAUGGCUUUAAUGGCUCUGGCAUUUCCCAACCAGUUGUAUGAGAUUGUGUUCGACGAGGAGCUGUCUACCACGAGCAUCUCCAUCCGCCUCUACGGGGGAGCGCUCCUCAGUAUCUCUCUAAUCAUGUGGAAUGGUCUGUACACAGCAGAGAAGAUCAUUAUACAGUGGACCCUGCUAACUGAGGCCUGCUAUUUUGCAGUGCAGUUUUUGGUGACAUCCAUCACUCUGGUGGAGAUUGGCUCGGUGACGAACACUGCCAUCCUCCUCCUCCUCAGUCGAGUGCUCUUCCUCAUUGUCAGCCUCUCCUACUACUACCACCUGGGUCGUCGGCCCAAGAAGAUCUGAGGAGCUCCAGCUGUAUCUGGGAGGGGCUGGGCGUGCAUAGGGUCACAGUGUGUAUUGGGGCUGGGAACACCAUUGUCUAAAAUACCUGCACCCCACCCACCUCCAUACAGACCCUCCCACUUAAAUGGGACCAAUUGAGACCUAGGCCUAUUUACAUUGCAGGGGGCAGGUACAUAGACAUGAGCCCUGUGCAAAUUCAGAAUGACUCACUGUGGUAAGACAGCUGAAGCGAAUGGUCUUAUGUCGACUGACGAGGAUGCUGUCCACUCUAGUGAUGUCAGUGGCCAGAACUUUGCAGUUUCCUGCGGGAACUGCAGUAAACAGGGGGCUCUCAUGUACCUGUAAAAAUAGUAUUAAAAAAUGGGUGUUGGAUUUCAGACAAUGAGGUGUCCAGUGCACAUUCUCUUAGAGUUAUGUGACUCCUUGUGUACUUAGUGUAAGAGCACAUAGUGAGGACCAAGACAUGUAUUUUAUGUACAGGAAUGUGUGUAUUUUCAAAAUCAUUCAGUAUUGCGUGUGCUGUGCAGAGUAAAGUAGGGUUGCAAUUGUUGUGCAGUUUCUGUGGAGACUGCUUUCAACUUCCUGCUUCACAGACCUGAGGACAUGAAAUUCCCGAGUUAUUCUUGUCCUUGUAGUCUUUGAAUGUGGAUGGUACAUUUCACACCUGCAUAUUUAAGUGAAGCACACCUAACCCCCUCCCAAAAUUACCUUUCUUUUUCUAUGGAUCACUUCAAGCACAUUUUUUGUCUGUAUUUCACAAACAUUCAGCAGGACACAGUAUGUGAAGAGAAUGUUACCUUGGUGGAAGUUUUUAUUUAAAUAAAGGAAAUUUAAAAAUCCAAAAGCUCCAAAAAUCAAACCUUUUAUUUAAUUUGUGCAGAGUGCACUCACCUAAAACAGAUCAAAAAAGAUCGAGUAAAGUCUAGUGUCUGCAAUUACUUGAAACUGUAAUAGAGUCACAGAUUUAGAGUUCUAGCUCAGUCAGUGUAGAAUAGCAGUUUGAGUCUUUGCCCAACCUCAGAGAGGUCAGGGAGUCUGCACUUUGUGAACCGUGACUCCUGGACACUGAUCCUAUAAAACUGAACUUAAGGAUCAGAGAAAAAAACACAGUGCAAAGAAAAACUGAAUAUCUGAAAAUGAGAGCUGGCUUUUGGAAUGGACAUAGACAAGGCAUUUCACAGAAGAUGACUCUGGUUGUUCAAAGCAGCAUUGCUAAAAUCAAUCAUGAAAUCCCUUUUAGAAUUCUGACCAUUUGUGCAUGCUUUCAACAGUUCUCUCAUAUGUGUG